CGUACAAUUGUCGUCGUCUUUUGUAUGAGCUAUGUGUUUCUACUUGCUCUGGUACAAGGCUAUCGAGCAGGCCGAAUGACUAGUCGAAAGACAAGCGCCAGAUUCUCUGAUAUCCUUGUGUUUGCACAAGGCUUCGUCAGUACCGCUUUCAUCUUUGGUGUAGGCAUCAACUCGGCAGGACUUGGACUCUCAACAGAUGCGCAAUGUUAUGCAGCAAUACGAAUGUGCAUUGCCAUGUAUGGAGCUGCAAAGAUAGCUUUAUAUCUGUUCCUUCUUGAGCGAGUUCAUAUCGUUCGAGCUCCUUUCAUCGACCGAGUUCGAGAUCCCGUCUGGGUCAUUGGCGCUAUCCUGACUGUUGGAGGGUUUGCCGCAAUCAUGGGCUACGAGUUCGUCGCACCGAGAGCUGACUUAUCGCGUGUGGAUGGUAUAUGCCGCAUUGGCAUCCAUCCAGAUUCUGGCAUUGCGGUCAUUGCAUUGGACACAACUAUUAAUGUAGCAUUGACUGGCAUCUUCAUCUGGCAGCUACGACCAACUCUAGGCUGGAUCGUACCUUGGCCGUCCAGUCGCGCAUCGAAUUCUUCUACGGAAUCAACGAAAAGGUCGUUCUUGGAUCUGUUCAGACGUCAAAGCGACGAUCAGGAACGGUCUUCGGCUCGAGCCACUUCACAGCGUAACUUGAAGGUCAUGCUCUUUCGCAAUGUUGUUGGUUCGAGUUUGUUGCUAUGUGCAACAAUUACGAACAACGCUAUCUUUCUCACUUGGCCAUUUGCAACACAUAGCCACGCUUGCCAGCUGAUGUGCUUGACAGACAUCUUAUUGGGCAUGCUGGUCACGAAUUGGCUGACUAUGCGCUCGACAACCGAGACCAUGGGAGUUUCUAGGCAGACCGCAAGCACA